UGAACAAAACGUAACGUUUUUCUGAUAAGUGAUYAUUUUAAAUGUAUUUUACAUUUUUACCAGAUUCCCAUUAAUUAUUGAAGCAAUAUUUUAUAUUUUCAUCGUUUAACCUCUUUACUAAGGUACCUGUCAAUCGUUCUAAGUAACUAGGUCAUUAGUAUUUAAUCAUAUCGUCAUCGCGAACUUUCUAAAUGUGUUGUGGUUUCAGACGAAAUUGUUUUUCGUUAUAUCACCGUGCGAACAGUUACGAUACAGUUUCAAUACGAUUUCGAAAUUUGUGAUUUCAGUCAAAAAGAUUGUGAUCAGUYUCAUCGCGUUUUGAUUAGGCAUUGUAUACAUUUUACAGACAUUGUGUCUCAUAAUACUCCUCUGGAUUAGUACUACCAUGGCAACCUGUGAUGUAUGCGUUCACUUAUCCGACAUCAUGACUCCUCAAUCGUUUUCCAGCUUAAUUACAACCCUUAUAAAAUAUUUGGUCUAUGAAAAGCAACUUAUUCCUUAUCCUUAUGACCGUUUGAAGUUAUAUGUGCAAAAAUACAAAGAACUGAACUUUGAGCUGGAAAGCAAUCGCUGUAAUUUGAAAAAUAAAUACAGACUGGAGUCUGAGAAAUAUUAUAAGAAAGUUUCAGAUGCGAUAUUAAGUCUUGAGACAGUUUUUAAGUGCAUUGAAAAUGAAUUUAUUAGUCGUGUGGAAAACCAUAUAGAAUCAGUCGUAAUAUUAAUYGGUUCAAGUGUACUUAAUCCUUUGACUGUGUUUAAUAUAAAUGUACCAGAAUUAAGUUAUUCMCAUUCUGAAAAACAACAUUCUUCUAGGCAGCACAUAGAUAAUGUAUUUAGGAAUAUAUUGAAUAAUGACAAGUUCAAUGAUAUAUUAACAUCAAAUAUAAUGGUUGAAACAAACUUGUAUGUGAUGUUCAAAGUAAAGAAGGGUGGAAAAAUGGCUUCUAAUUGGUGUGUUCCCAAGGAGCAGUUUCGUUGUUUCCGAGGUAAACAAGUGGUUUUGAGAUUUGAUCAACCGUACGAUCAGAUCAACGCAAAGAAAUAUGAAACAUGUUGCACCAAAGAUUAUUUAAAUUUUGAAGUAUUUGUUGAUUUUGACAAUGAGAAAAGUGUAAAAACACUACAAACAUUGAAUAGUACAUUCACAAACAGUGUCGUCGAUUGGUAUUUAGGAAAACAUCAUAUAACUGGUUUUAAAAAUUACAAAUACAAUGGAAUUCCUAUAUCAGAUACUUGGUUGAAUCCAACAAUCAUUGAUCAUAUGGUAUCAUAACCUAACCCAUGUAUAAUGAUAGGAAUUUUUUUAGACAAUUUUAUUUUUUACAUAAUUAUAAAUUGAAUUUUUGGCCAAUUAUGAAUCUGACUAUUAUUUAAUUGUUUAUUGAUAGGUUUUUUUUUUUUAAUGUAUUGAUUGUUUUUGUAAAUUCCAUUUAUAAACAACUUAUGUAUUAACGUAUGUAAUUAUUGAAAACCAAUAUGAAUAUUUUUCUCACCAAUACAAAAAUUAUUGACAGUUAUAACAAAAUUUCAAGAUAAAUAUU